AUGGUUGCUACCGUUCAAAAGCCUGCUCCAUCUUUCAAGAAGACUGCUGUCGUUGAUGGUGUCUUUGAAGAAAUCACUUUAGAACAAUAUAAGGGUAAAUGGGUUCUUUUAGCCUUUAUUCCAUUGGCUUUCACUUUUGUUUGUCCAACUGAAAUCAUUGCUUAUUCUGAAGCUGUUAAGAAGUUUGCUGAUUUAGAUGCUCAAGUUUUGUUUGCUUCUACUGAUUCUGAAUACUCCUUAUUGGCUUGGACCAAUGUUGCCAAGAAGGACGGUGGAUUAGGGCCUGUCAACAUCCCAUUGUUGGCUGAUACCAACCACUCUUUGUCUAAGGAUUACGGUGUUUUGAUUGAAGAUGCUGGUAUUGCUUUGAGAGGUAUCUUUUUGAUUGACCCUAACGGGGUCUUGAGACAAAUCACUAUCAAUGACUUGCCAGUUGGUAGAUCUGUUGAAGAAUCCAUUAGAUUGUUGGAAGCCUUCCAAUUCACCGAAAAGUAUGGUGAAGUUUGUCCUGCUAACUGGACUCCAGGUGCUGAAACCAUCAAGCCUGAAGUUGAGAAGUCUAAGGAAUACUUCAACAAGGUUAACAAGGAUUAA